UAUGGAAUUAUAUAAAAUAUUAUAUAAAAAUGAGUUUCUUCGGCUAUAUGAAUGCUCCCGUUCAUAUUCCACCAGUAUAUGACACUACUCCUUGCCUUGACCACUUGAUGGAGUAUGAAGACUGUGUGAUUGAUACUGGAACCAACAGAUUGCAUUUCUACAUGCCAUCAUGGCCAAAUCUCUGGCCAGGACUUCAAGAUGGCUACAACGCAAUGAACAGGCCUGACUUACAUUAUGAAAUGCUCUUCACAGAGAAUGACUUCACUAGCAAAGAGGCAGAUUAUAAUCCACUCACACAAAGACAAAAGCAAUUGCUUUAUGAAUGUGAAGAAGAAAGAAUGGUUAUUAAAGCAUGUCUUAGAGAACUUAUAACACUUAAAAGGACUGAGAAGCAUACUUCUUGGAACACCGCAGAAGCUGCCAACCUUGCCUUCAUGUAAUUUUGACAAGACUUUGGACGAAUUUGGGAU